AUGGAACACGAGAAUUCGAGACCAGCCGACAGCUACCCUAGCGAGCAGCAAAAGAGGGCUGCUGAUAUCUGGCAGGCUAUCUUCAAGCUCCAGACAAGCUUUUCUGAGUAUCUCUAUACUCCAAUGAGACCCUCAGAAGGCGAAAAGCAGCAUCAGGUUUGCAAUGGCUCUGAGACUGACAUAAUCGGCCCACCACAGCCAACAAAUAUUACCACGGUGCUCGAGGAACUAGAAAUAUCACCAAAACAUAUUGGCUCAGAUGAAUCAGCAAAUCUAGUGAGCAAAAUUCGCAGACUACUGGAUAACAGAAGUUUGACCGAGCUUAUCGUCAACACUGCCAAGCAUGAGAGUCCAGACUCUUUCGUUCUGCGAUAUUUCCGUGCUCGCAAGUGGGAGAUUGGCCGAACCCUUUGCAUGCUGAUCGCUGCGCUACACUGGUACCAUUUUGAGGCAAAUGUCGAGGGUGACAUUUUGAAAAACGGCGAGGAAGUGGCAAUUCGCGACUCAGAAAAGGGUAUAUGUUUGGACCCUAAACUGGCCAGCGACUUUAUGAAGCAGGUACGCAUGGGAAAGAGCUUCUUACAUGGAAGGGAUAAAGAUGGCCGGCCGAUUUGUAUUGAGCGAUAUACUCUAUACUUGAUUGAGAAUAUUCGCUUGAUGCUUACGACGUCUACUGAAACCAUCACGAUUGUUUACGACAUGACAGGGUUUUCUAUAGCCAACAUGGAUUACAACUUUGUCAAAUACAGUACCAACAUCUUUGAAGCAAAUUAUCCGGAAACACUUGGGUAUAUCUUGAUUCACAACGCUCCUUGGGUUUUUCAGGGUAUUUGGAGACUAAUCCGUGGUUGGCUUGACCCAGCUGUUGCCAACAAAGUCAGAUUUACAACAGGCAGAAAAGGCCUUGAAAAGUUCAUCGCACCAGAGAACUUGGUCAAAGAACUUGGGGGCGAUGACGACUGGACCUAUCGCUAUGAAGAGCCAAUAUCCGGGGAGAAUGAGAGGCUCACGGACGCAGCUACCCGUGAUAGCCUUCUAUUGGAGCGAGAAACUCUCACUAAGCAAUUUGUGUCGAUAAGCAACGCCUGGCUGAAGGCUCUUGACCAUGCUGAGUUGAUGAGCAAUCGCUCUAUUGUUAUUGGUCAGCUUCGGUCAAAUUACGCAAAGCUCGAUCCUUACAUACGAUCACGAUCACUAUAUGAUCGGCAAGGCACACUUGUGAUCGCCGAUGUUGACCUUUCUACUGGCAACACUGAUGAAAAGAAGGCCUCAAGUUAG